AUGUUUCUUUCUUUCUUUCCGUUUUCGAUAGCAUUCAUUUUUCCCGUUCUUCUCAAAUCUAAUUUUUUCUCUUUUCGUAACCUUCUUCUUUCUAUCUUUCGUUCGUUCUUUCUUUCUUUCUUUCUUUCUUUCUUUCUUUCUUUCUUUCUUUCGCUUACUUGCUUUCUUUUUCUAUCGAUUUUCAUUUUCAUUUCUUUUCUCAUCUUCUUUCUUUUCAUUUGUAUUUCUCAACUUUUGUUUUCUCUCUUUUUUUUUCAAUUUUAUAAUGUUUCUUUCUUUCUUUCUUUCUUUCUCUCCUUGUUUCUCCAUCAUUUUUCAUUUUCUUUUCUCAUCUUCUUUCUUUUAAUUUCUUUUUUUCAGCUUCUGAUUUCUCUCUUUUUUUUCAAUUUUAUAAUUUCUUUCUUUGUUUCUUUGUUUCUUUGUUUGUUUGUUUGUUUGUUUCUUUCUUUCUUUUGUUUCGUUCUUUCUUUCUACGAAUAUUUGUCCCGAUUCCGAUUUUAUGUCAAUAUUUAUUUUUGGUUCAAAACCUUUUAUUUUAACCGAUUGAUUUUUUUUCUUUCUGCACAAAAUAAUCAACAUCUGAUUCUAUCACGAAGGACAAAAAUCCCUUUUUCUUCUUUUCUCUUUUAUCUGUUUUUUUUUUGUUUUGUUGUUUUUGUUUUUUGUGUGUGUUUUGCCGUUCUUCUCGUCUUUUAA